GGGCUCGUGUGCGCCCUCCUGCUCGCCGCCUGCUGCUGCUGUCGCCGCGCCGCGGGUGUGCCCGGAGAGGCGGAGCCCCCCGAGCCCGAGCUGGUGGAGGCGGAAGUGGGCGGCACGGCGCUUCUCAAGUGCGGCCCCUCCCAUUCCCAAGGCAAUUUCAGCCACGUGGACUGGUUUUCUGUGCACAAGGAGAAGCCGACACUCAUCUUCCGCGUGCGCAAGGGCCAGGGCCAGAGUGAACCCGGGGAGUACCAGCAGCGGCUCAGCCUCCAGGACAGAGGGACCACGCUGGCCCUGAGCCACAUCACGCCCCACGACGAGCGCAUCUUCCUGUGCCAGGCCAAGCGCCCUCAGUCCCAUGAGCACCGCAUCCAACUCCGUGUCUACAAAGCUCCGGAGGAACCGACCAUCCAGGUCAAUCCCUUGGGCAUCUCGGUCAGCAGUAAGGAGCCUGAGGAGGUGGCCACCUGUGUGGGGAGAAAUGGGUACCCUGUUCCUCAAGUCAUCUGGUAUAAGAACGGCCACUCCCUGAAGGAGGAGAAGAACCGGGUCCACAUUCAGUCAUCCCAGAUCGUGGAGUCAAGUGGUCUGUACACCUUGGAGAGUGUUCUGAAGGCCCAGCUGGUGAAGGAAGACAAAGAUGCCCGGUUUUACUGUGAGCUCAACUACCGGCUGCCCAGCGGCAACCACAUGAAGGAGUCUCGGGAAGUCAACGUCCAGGUUUUCUACCCGGCAGAGAAGGUGUGGCUGGAGGUGGAGCCCGUGGGGGCGCUGAAGGAAGGCGACCACGUGGAAAUCAGGUGUUUGGCGGACGGCAACCCCCCGCCCCACUUCACCAUCAGCAAGCAGAACCUCGGCACCAAGGACACGGAGGAGAUGACACCCGAAGACAACGGGGCCCUGGUCUUGGAGUCUGCCCAGAAGGAGCACAGUGGGCUCUAUCAGUGUCAGGGCCUGGACUUGGAAACCAUGGCUUCGCUGCUGAGCGACCCACAGGAGCUGCUGGUGAACUACGUGUCCGAUGUGCGGGUGAGCCCUGCAGCCCCGGAGAGCCGGGAGGGCGGCAGCCUCACCCUCAGCUGUGAGGCAGAGAGUAACCAAGCCGUGGAGUUCCAGUGGCUGAGAGAGAAGACAGGCCAGGUGCUGGAGAAGGGGUCUGUGCUCCAGUUCCACCGCCUGACGCGCGAGGCAGGGGGAGGCUACCGCUGCCUUGCAUCCGUCCCCAGCGUCCCGGGCCUGAACCGCACGCAGCUGGUCCACGUGGCCAUUCUUGGGUCCCCAUGGAUGACGUUGAAGGAGAGGAAGAUAUGGGUGCGAGAGAACGAGGUGCUCAAUCUGUCUUGCGAAGCCUCGGGACAUCCCCGGCCCAGCAUCUCCUGGAGCGUCGCGGGCACGGCACAGGAACAAGACCAAGAUCCGCAGGGCGUCCUGAGUGUCCUGAAUGUCCUCGUGACCCCAGAGCUGUUGAGGACGGGGGCCGAGUGCGUGGCUUCCAACUCCCUAGGCACAAACACCACCACCAUUCUCCUGGAGCUGGACUCCAGCAGAAGCACCGGCCUGAGCACCUCCACCGUCAGUCCCUCCGUCCGAGCCAACAGCACCUCCACAGAGAAGAAGCUGCCAGAGCCUGAAAGCAAGGGCGUGGCCAUUGUGGCCGUGACUGUGUGUGUUCUGGUGCUGGCCGUGCUGGGUGCCGUCCUCUAUUUCUUCUACAAGAAGGGCAAGCUGCCGUGCGGGCGGUCAGGCAAGCAGGAGAUCACGCUGCCCCCGUCUCGUAAGAGCGAAUUUGUAGUUGAAGUUAAGUCAGAUAAGCUCCCAGAAGAGAUGGGCCUCCUACAGGGCAGCAGCGGUGACCAGAGGGCGCCCGGAGACCAGGGAGAGAAAUACAUCGAUCUGAGGCACUAGCCCGCCCAGGACACCGAGCGCCCUUCCCACCUGGAAUGUUUUCUUCCCCCCCCUCACCCCCUCCCUCCCAACGCUCAGGACGACCGCCAAAGCCUCCGAAGCGGGCUGUGGAAAAGGCCCCUGCCGCAGCUGGCGUGUAGGCCCCAUCCCAGAGGGCUGAGCCAGCCCGCCACCGUCUCACUGUUGGGUGAUGCUCACCCCAGGGAGGGGCCUCAGCAUCCUGGGAGCGGGAAGGAGUUUCUCACAGACCAUGUUGUGGGUGUACAUACCUGUCUUCAGCCGGCAGCCUGUUUAUCUUGGCGCUGGUUUCCUGCCCCGAAGGCUGGCCUCGUUCUUCAGUUGUGUGGCUGAAGCGAGGGCUCACUGAGCCCAGGCCCCUCUCACGCCGUUCUGGAGAGUACCACAGCCUUCAUGACAAGCGGCUACCCACCUGCUUCAGGAGCCCCUUUUGUGACCCACCUUCCUCUGGGCAGAAGCCAGGACUGGUGUCAUUCCUUAAAAGAGGUGUUGGGUGUAUCUCAUUGUCCCUGCAGGGAGGAAGCUAGGCAGUUUUCCAGAGUUAGGCCAUUGAGCCCAACACCCUCCCCCCACAAUUUGGCUCCCACUGCCCAGGCAAGGGGUCGUAUCAGACUAAAAGGUGGGGUUAGGGGACAGAGAUGAGGUCCAGACUGUCUUUUAGGAGGAUCAAGGCUAUAAUUCUACUAGCACCAAACUUCUACGAACUGAGCUAACGGGCUUAGACCCUGGCAGAAGCGCCCUCACGGGAGAAUGGUACUUCGGGACGAGGAGCGGGCCUGGCUGCAGCUUUGGGGUGUGUAUGUGUAUCUGUGUGUGCGUGUGAGUGUAUGUAUAUGUGGUUUUGUUAGAUCGUGUGUACAUUUGCAAAUUUCCUUUAUAUAUAUAUAUAUAUAUAUGAAAAAUAAAGCUUAAUUGUCC